AUGGGUAGGCGCUACAUCCUAGGCCUCCGCGGCUCGCAACUGCGCUCAGCACAGAUUUGGGCUGUCAUUCUGCCCGCAUAUAUCCUGUUUGGGUGGAACAACGCAGUUGCUGGACCACUUCUGAACCUGCCAUCAUGGGUGGAAACAUUUCCACGAAUCGAUACAGUCCAUGCCAUCGGCGCACAAGCAACAGAUAAUGCUCGUGUGCAAGGCACGGUCGUAGCGAUGUAUACACUAGGUGCAUUCUUCGGUUCACUGAGCUGUAUCUGGAUUGGCGACAAGCUUGGACGAAAGCGGACGAUUCAACUCGGUGCUGCUGUUGAUGUGAUUGGAGCUCUACUACAAGCCUCAUCGUUCUCACUUGGGCAGCUGAUUGUGGGACGAUUGGUGACAGGGUUUGGCCUGGGAAUGCUAUCCGCAACAGCGCCUAACUGGCAGAGCGAAUGCGCAUCUGCGGCUCAUCGAGGCGCAGCCGUCGUACUGGAGAGUCUUUUCAUCAGUGCGGGUCUGGCUUUGUCAGCUUGGCUCAACCUGGGAAUGAGCUUCACAACUGGUUCAGUCUCAUGGCGUUUUCCACUGGCCAUGAGCGGUUUUUGGGGCCUGAUAGUGGUCGCCAUGAUUCCUAUGCUACCGGAAUCGCCACGAUGGCUCUUGAAACAAGGACGCAGCGAAGAAGCAUGCCAGGUACUCUCAGCGCUCGAAGGAGUUCCAGAAGAUGAUCCCGUGGUUCGUGCAGAUGUGGCUGAGAUCGCCGAGUCACUAGAGGUUACUGGGAAAGGACGUUUCAGCGAUGUUUUCAAGAAUGGUGAGCUAAGACUGUUCAACCGAGUCUGUCUGGCAUGUGCUGGACAGAUGUUCCAACAAUUAUCUGGCAUCAACGCUCUGGCCUUUUAUGUUACGACCAUCUUCGAAAAGUACCUCGGGCUCUCUGGUGUACUUGCACGAAUCCUCGGGGCAUGCGUAUUCACGUUUCAGACAAUCUGCUCGCCUAUUGGCGUACUGACCGUUGACCGCUUCGGCAGACGGAAGCUCAUGUUGGUUGCUGCCAUCGGUAUGGGAAGCUGCAUGGCUAUAGUAGCCGGGACGUCUAGCCAGAUCCAUAACAUCGCCUGUGUCGGGACCGCCGGGGCUUUCAUCUUCUUGUUCUCCCUGUUCUUUCCGGUCGGCUUUCUUGGACUGACGUUCCUCUAUGCGGCAGAGGUCAGCCCGCUGAGCGUAAGAGUGCCCAUCACCAGUAUUUCCACGGGCACUGCUUGGCUGUUCAACUUCCUGGUCGCGGAGAUCACACCCGUGGGCUUCGAGACACUGGGGUGGCGCUACUACAUCGUCUGGGCCUGUAUAAAUCUUUUCCUGAUUGUACCCGCGGUCUACUUGUUCUUCCCAGAGACGAAUGGGAAACAUUUGGAGGAAGUAGACCAGAUUUUCCGCGACAGCAAGACUAUAUUCGAUCCUGUGAAGGUCGCUCACAACAUGCCAAGCGAUGUCCUGGUAGAAGACGAGAUACGCCAGGAGAAAAGUACGACAGAAUUUCCGGAAUAUGUCAGGACAAAUGUCUGA